AGCCGUCUGUGGGUCGUGCAGGAAAUCGCAGUUGCGCACCCUGACCCGCUACUUGUUUGUGGCACGGAGUGCGCUCCCUGGAACGCGAUCGAGAAAUUG